AUGGAACAGAUUUUGAAUGUGCAUCGUGGUUGCCAUGGAAGCAUUGUGAGGGGCAAAUUCCUGGCUGCUGCUCAGGAAUUUGCGUUGACCAUGGUUCCAGUCUCGUUGAUUGCGGUGCCUGUGGUGUCCCACCGUGCACUGGAAUUUCGCCUGCUUGCUGCUUCGCUGCACCGCGGCUCCUUAUCAGCGACUGUGGGCUUUGCGGUAUCAGGUGCUCGGGUACGGAACCAGCCUGUUGUUCAGGAGUUUGUGCAGACCUUGCUUCGAGUGUUGCUCAUUGCGGCGCCUGCAAUGCGACCCCCUGCUCGGGAGUCACACCUGCGUGUUGCACUGGCCUAUGUACCGACCUCGCGUCAGAUUUGGACCACUGUGGAUCUUGUACCACAACAUGUGCUCCAGGACCCGGAGGAGGAGCAUGUAUUGGCGGAAUCUGCCUGCAGUGCGCAGCAGACGAACCAUUCUGCGCCGUGGCAGGAAUAUGCUGCCCAAUUGGCACGUCGUGUAUCACUAUUGGACCCCUUCCUGGCUGCUGCUUGGGUACGAACAUUUGUCCCCCCGAGUCGAACCCCACUGGUCCUAAUAUCUGCUGCGCGCUACCAUGUAGCGGGGUACCUCUGA